AGCCGCAAUUCAAGCUGUGCUUGUAAGUUACUGUAUUAGCUAAGCAGAGCAUUCACAACGUUGAAUUGAAGCAAAAAACGCAGUACGGUACUCAUUUCUACACAGGGCUACGCAGCUAUUGGGAACCUCACCGCGUUUCAACAUCCUCUCGCAUUCGAAGCGAGCAAUCCCGAAAACUAAGCAGUCCCGGUUGGAUAGGUGUGUGCCCUUCCAGCCAAUGAUCUCGAUCGGGCUGCCGCCACCGAAAGCAAUUAUGUUGGAAAACAAUUCUAUCCGAACAGUCACCGUGAAUGACAACGAACAACGUGCCCUGUGCUCUACCUCAUGRCAUGUAACAGUAUUAAGUUGCCGUGGUUUGAAAGCAUAAGUACGUACUACACCAGUAGAAUUAACCGCCCGAACGACCAAGAGCAUCGCGAUCAAUUGAAUCAUGGCGUCACAUGCAAGUUCGCUGCCGCCGACGAACAACCAGAACCAGCAAUACAAUGCUUUGUUGGAAUUCAGAGCCGGCGUCACGGCAUGCCUUAUUAGCUGGUCGGCACUGCGAACCGCAGUUGAAAGUGGCUGGGGCGGCGGAGAACGCGAAUCCCAGAAAAAAGCCGAAGAUCUUCGUUCCCACAUCUUUUCUGCAAUGGACGGACGGUUUCCUUUGCCAAACUUCGAUGCCUUUGAGCUCGCGGACAAUCUGGCCAUCUACAUAGAAGAAGAAUUUUCCGUCACACUAGAAGACGAAUCGGAACGCCAAUUGGCCGAAUUCAUCUUUCACAUGUACGAGCAUUGCUUGAAGGGAGAUCCUACGUCGGCAAGACAGAUGAUCGCCCAAGCAGCGAGUGCAGUGGCAUUGAAUAGCCAUUAUCCGGUCAGAGUACAAACAACCGAGCAUGACGACGACGACGACGACGACRAAAUGGCGGGACCAACCAACGAUACUGCUGGAAUUCAAUCGCCUCCGCAACAGUUAAUACAGAAUCCAAUGGCUCCAUUGAAUCUMGCUGAAUAUGUCGAUCGGCCGAUGUUUGGAAAACCUAAGAAACAAAAUAAUUUUGCUGCCAAGCCCGUUCGACAGCUAGGAGAAACUAGUGCWGAUACUGGAAAUGCAGUAGAGAUGGACGACGAUGGCUUUGCGCCAGUGAAGAAAGGRAACCGGCGACGCCCCUGAAACGUUUUCUUCCUUUUUAGGAUUAUSCUGCCUUCAGAAUGAGUACAAAAUACUUCGACUAGUUAAGGAGUGUGCUGUACAAUAAAUAGAAGUAUCUUCA